AUGGCUGCCGCUGCGGGCCGAUACUACGGAGAAGGCGGCAGAGCAACGAAAAGACAGAAAACUGAAGACGGAGGGAUGACAACGGUGAGGAGUUGUGUGUCGCCUUUAAUUCAGGAUUUUGUUCGUGCAAAAAUAAGUUGUUUUUACCCUCUGAAAGAUGAGAGUUAAGCAGCUAAACGAUGCAAACCAAUGCACGCUAACGCCAAUCCUGUUAACGUUUAGCUAGACCAACGUUCAAAUUGCCCCGGGUUUUCUUAUAUCAACUCUAGUUUACAACAAAAAGAAUGCUUUAAUAGAAAUGAAACACAUUUCAAUUAGUUGUGCAUCAAAAUAUGAAAUAAUAAGUCGCAUAUGUAGCAUUGAGUGCAGCUUGAAGCGUUCACCCUUACUGACGCAAAUCUCGACCGUUGACGUUUCCCCUCCAAGGCUAACUGACUGGAGCUAAUAUUUAACACUAGUGACAUGCAGACGCUCUGUAUCUCCAUCCUCUCCACCUCCGCACUGUGACCUCGUAGCCAUCAUGUUAUGUGUUUACAGGAGAGCUACGAUGACCCUCAUAAACCGCUGCCCUCCCCGGUGGUGCAUAUCAGGGGCCUGGUCGACGGCAUCAUGGAGGCAGACUUGGUGGAGGCCCUGCAGGAGUUUGGAGCCAUCAGGUAACCACAGAGCUUUCAUAGAUGCUCUUCGUCUAAUCUGACUACCAAAGAUGAAACAUUAGGUUAAUUAACUCACAUUUGGACAGUGGCUUUGAUCAGGAAAACACCCCUUUUACCAACAUUUGUCAUGCUACACAAAGGUUGCUUUCUCAGUUGUGUUACGGUUGAUCAUUUACAAUGGAAGAUGAGGAAAGAUUGAUAUGCAGAAGUGUAGACAAUGAAUUGUUACAUAUAUAUAUACUCAUAUGAAAUAAGUACAUCAGUGUCUCAAAUGGGAAAAGUCUGCUAAAUAACAACAGGUACAGACCAUGGUCCUGCAAUGAAACAGAAAGCUUGUGAAAGUACAGACUUUUGACACAUUCAUUUAACUUCUUAAAAUUUCCUAAAUUUAUUUUAUUCCAUGAAAUAUUUUAAUUCAAGCCCCUACAAGUCAUGAGAGCCAGAUGUUGUGCACUUUAGCACUGCAUAACUUCAUCGACCAUGUACACAUGAGGAUGAAUUUAAGUGGGACUGUUUGGAGACUAGUCUAACUGCAAGAUCAGUACAGUUGUGGGUGCUACUUGUUUGACAUGUUUUAGUAAAUGAAACCUGUUAAUUUCCUUAUAUAUUGAUUUGCAGUUAUGUGGUUAUGAUGCCUAAGAAGCGCCAGGCCCUGGUCGAGUAUGAGGACAUGAAUGGCUCCUGUAAUGCUGUGAAUUACGCAGCAGAGAACCAAGUUUACAUAGCAGGGCACCCUGCCUUCAUCAAUUAUUCCACCAGCCAAAAGAUCUCCCGUCCAGGAGACUCCGAUGACACCCGGAGUGUCAACAAUGUGCUACUGCUUACCAUCAUAAACCCCAUCUAUCCCAUCACCACGGUAACUUGACUAUGAAAUUUACCCUACAUGUUUAGUGGCAUCUGUAGUGUUGUAAAGAGAAAUAUAGUAUUAUGAAAGCUUUUGAUAAGAUCAUUCAACACAUCUUUGUAAAGCUGGUUUCACGCAGACACUGCCAUAAGUGAAGUUGGCUUCAUUACAGUAAAGGGAUCCGAUGAUUUUACAUUCACAAAAUGCUAUGUCUGUGUGUGUAUUCUUAAAUAUCUUUCUUAUUUACAAGUCCUCAAGCAUACAAGAUAAAUUAUCAAUAUUUACAUGGUUUGAGGAUUCAAAUAAUGUGCGUCCUUUUGUUUACUUUUCUUGUAGGUAAAAAUCACCACCCUCAAAUUCUCAUUGUUCUUGCUGUAUGUUUAUCUUUCUACAGGAUGUGCUCUACACCAUUUGCAACAACUGCGGUCCUGUUCAACGGAUUGUCAUCUUCAGAAAGAACGGGGUUCAGGCCAUGGUCGAAUAUCCUAACCAAUAUAUAUUUUUAAUUUAAUACUCAGUGGUGGUAUUACUUUACAGUGGGAUAGGCUGAUACUGUAAAAUAUGCAAAUGUUUCUGUACAGUUGAGCCCUCUGACUCCCUCGAGUGAUAAGACCUGACCUUAACUCAAUGCCGCUACAUUUGAUUCGGUCCAGAGUGCACAGAGGGCCAAAGCCUCUUUGAAUGGGGCAGACAUCUAUUCUGGCUGCUGCACUCUUAAAAUUGAGUAUGCCAAGGUAAGUGUAUGCCUGUAUCUAAUCAACCUUCCACCUGUUUACAAAGCAUUAGAAGUUAAUGAGGGGAAACUAGUUUUGAUUUCUGUCAUUCAAUCCCCUUUACAGCCAGCACGCCUUAAUGUCUUCAAGAAUGACCAGGACACAUGGGACUACACAAACCCAAACCUCAGUGGCCAAGGUAACCUGCGGUCCCCUUUCCUCCAUUCCCCUUUUAUUUCUUCCUCUUCUCCUCUCAUGGCACUGUAUGGGAUGUUCAGGGUUCUCUGCCUCCAGGGGUAUUGCCUUUGAGCACACAUAAAUGUUCACCAUGCUGCUCAGAGGCACUAUUCCUGCGAUGCCGUCACAGUCUUCAUGCAUUUUCUUGCCACACAGCAGGCUCAAAGUAAGGGCAUGAGGAGCAACCUCAAGGGCAGCCGACCUCAGUGACAGGCUGAUGCAUGUGAGAAACCAACUGCACCCGUCACAGAAGCACACACAGGCGCACCAUACCUCACAUAGGUUCACAUUCCCUGUAGAGCAUGUCACAGCUGCACAACCUCACAGCUCUGCCUACUCUAGUCCAGUACACACUACAAAAACAAGCACACCUGUCAGCGUUCUUUCACACAUAGUGGAGAUUUUAUCAAAGCUUCAAUUAGCGAAACCACAGGCAAGCUCAGUGACUUGUUGUGACCACUAGGUAUACUUGAGGUUAAAGGUCCCAUGAAACAACAUCUUUGGUCUCAGUGUGUGAUCCUAGUGUUACUGGGUAAAUUAUUUGUGCAUAAAACACAAAUGCAUGAUGGGUGUUUAAACAAAAGGGACAGAAAAAGACACAUGGCUGAAGUUCUUUCUUUGCAGUGUUUUGACAUUAUUUACAUUGAUCACAAAAUAGGAUCUGGCAUCGCUAUUGAUUUGAGUAUUAUCUCAAAAAUGUUAGAAAAUUAAACUUUGAAAUGUAUUUUAUUGACAUGCACUCGUGCUGUGUGUUACACUUUUUUAGGCUGUUUAUCACCGGGGGGAAAAAAGACAACCCAAACAAUAGAUAACAGUCAUUUAAGCAGUUUCAUGUCUAAAAUGAGUGUCUGUGUUGCUCAUCAGCAGACACAGAACAGGCUGUAAGCUGAGCUGCUGCUAACAGCACUAGCCCAUAAGGUCUGCUCUGAAGGUUAGUUGCUCUUAUUAAAACGAAGAAAACAACCAAAACCCAAGUAAAAUAAACCCUGCUUCGUCUGAUGCCUAUUAAAAGGGUGCCAAUGCUUUGCUGCAGGUAGCUGUAGCUCAGCAAGUUUCUGAAUUAUCACAGAGAUGUCUAGUCUCAAACCCGAUUAGACAUUUUCUAUCUGCAGACCUUUUAUCUGUGACCUUGUGUUCAGUUGGGUUAAAGAAGAUGGGCUGAAUUUGGAGUUCUUUUUAAUCAGUUCCGACAGCUAUGAAGUUAGUCACCCCUCUGCAGGUCACUUGUAGAAGUCUUUUCAAUCCAUAUGCUUGAUUUAUUCAAUAGUAUCACCACUGUUGUAUUGAAACGCAUUAUGGAGAAAGUAUAGUUGCUAUGUGUCUGGCAUGCUUUGCGCAGUGACGUGGCUGCUUGCUGCUGAGAAUGCCAUCUUCCUGGUAAAAUACAGUAAUACAAUGAAAUUCAUCUCUGCUUUUUAUACAAGUCAGUUGGUCUGUCCGAUGUUAAGGAUAAAGCUCACAUUAGAGAUGACCAGAGGGAAAUAAGCGUGUUAUCCAGCCACUCUGUGUUUCAUGGGACCUUUAUAACUAACAUUAGAAACUCAUUAAAUUUUUAAUUGACAUUAUUGAGCUUUCAAAUUAAUAUUAGAAGUGACAAAUAAUCCAGCAUUUAUUUAGCGUUGACAAACACCACCGUGUGGAGAUUUUUAGGGGAUUUAGUCUCUAUUAACAUGCAAAUAGCUUGAUGGAGAAUGUAUUUGCCUUGAAUCAUCUGUGGUCAGUGAUAGACUAUUGGUGUGAUUUGCCUUGUAUAUAGACAAGCACUUCUGUGUAAAUGUACUCAGGACAUAUUUAUGUAUUUAUUUUUGAGCCACACUGUAAACAAGUUUCUUUUUCCUGUACACGACGAGAACCACAACAUGUACAUUUCAUACAGGUGUCGACAUCUUUCUUGAUACGCUGAGGUCUAUCCAGAGGUACUCCUUGUGUCCUCACUGUGCAAAGUCAUACAGGCUCACCUCAACUUCUAAGCAGACACAGUGGCUUCUACAGCUACAGUAUGACAGCAACCACAGCCACAACUAAUGUAAACUGCUUUGUGGCACACAUUGGACACAGUGGGGCAAAAUACCGGAACACAACCUCAACUCAGUACUUCCUUAUUUCAAGUCCAUCAUCACCCCUAUCUCCACCACCUGACAUGGGACUCAUUUACUUUUGGUGGUGGACAUUAGCCGCCAUUUCAGUUUGAGGGACAGAAAUACUCCAAGGCCACUCGAACAGACAUCUCGCAUACCCACCACAGACUGACGUUGAUAGAUUGAUAGAGGCAUCUACCACCAUCUCUUUACCAGUACAGCACACCUCAACUUCAAAGCCUCCAGGAGUCACCACAAUGACACAACACAUUGAUGAUGAGGGCAGGAGUCAGGUGUGUGGUUGUUGCGACCACGCCUUCCAGCCCUUGGAACGUUGCCUGCAUAACACAACCACAGGGACCAACAGAGGAGUUUUCAGACACACUCAGCCUGACCAGGGAACAGACGACACCACAUACUGGGGCAGUAAACAAAAAAAGAGGCCAUGAAAACACAACGAGCUGAACAUCCACGGCAACACACAGCUGAACCGCCAUGACAGCACAUCGUCACGCAGGUAUUCCAGAUGACUUAUUGUCAAGCACUAGAUGCCUUUUUACUUUGCAAGUGGCCGACACCUUUUAAACCAUUUAAGCAAGCACCAUGCGAGCGUCCAUUUUUACAUGAGAAGAAAAAUCCACGGGGGGGCCUAUGAAGACACAAGCAUCAAACACCUAUCAAGCAUACAAGCACAGAGGCAAACAGAUUAAAAACCCCUUUUUUUCUUAAGCUUUUCUACAUUUAUGGACUCUGGUGUUCUGUAUUUUCCCUGUACCUUCUUCCCCAUUUCCCUCCUCCUCUCUGUGCUAUUCUUGUGUUUCUGCGUUGUUUCAUUUUUCCCUUUUUUUGCACUGGCCCAUAGUGAUGCCUUUAACGCCUCCCGUGUGAUGCAGGUUUGGCUCAGUGUGUCUGUGGACAGACAGCCCACUCUCAAACGGUGCAAAUGUCCUGCUUUGUGGUCAGAGCACGGUAAGCUGGAAAUGAGCCUCUAAUUGCAACUCUCAAAACAAAGCGGCAGCAAGUCAAAAACCAAGCAUGGAUGUGUGGAUGUACUUUUCUCUCUGGUGGUUGGGAUUCAAAGAAGGAAGGAAGGAAGGAAGAAAAGACUGAAGGAGGAGAAUGAGUUGAGGCUGGAGUCAAGAGGUUGGCAGGUAGCAUCGUUGCUGAAGACUGCCCCCUACCUGCCCACUGUGUCCUGUGCUCCAUGUGUGGUGCUGUAAGUACUUGAGAGAUAGAAUGAAUGAAUCUGACUCCAUGAUUUUAAGUUCUUGUAAAUAAAACAACAGUUUUGUUGUCUUAAAUUGUUGUAAUGUUGUGUCAUAAGAGCCUUUAGUCACAUGAAGCAAACAGACAUCAGCAUUAUCAUUGACAAGUUACUGUCAACUUACUGUGCUGACAUCGCUAUUCAUCAACUGUGAGAGUGAGUGCUACCAAGCAAAGGUAGAGCAUUCUAGACUUGGUAGUUAUCGUUGAUCACUCACAGGCUAAUCAUUAUUUCUACUCCAUUAGUGAAAAAGACAGAAAUAUAAUCAGCAGAUGUGUAAAUUGGGUCUGUUUUAUUAGCAUAAUUCUGAGGUAUUUUCAUGUCACAUGAGUAACACAACUUUGAAUACUGUGUAAAAUGUUGAAAAGAACAGAUUUUAAUGGUUUGCAAAUAUUUGAAUCCUGUGUUAACCAUUGCGCUGCACCAGCUCUCUCUUAGCAACAAGGAGACCUGUUUCUGGAGUUUUAAAAGUGAACAGUUGUCCCGUUUUACCCAAUAAGGAUUUUAACUGCACAACAGUUUAUUUUCUUAGUGUUUGUUUUCCUUUUUCAUUUGGUGGUACUCCAGAUUGGUCAAGUCAGGACUGUGGGCAAACCAGUUUACCCAUACUCUUAAUGUGUUGCCCUUUUCCAGCCAUGCUGUUUUGAUAUCUGCAGAAUGCGGUUUGGCAUUCUCUCACUAUAAUUUGAAAGGUCUUUCUUGUGAAAGGUAUUGUCUGGCUGGAAUCAUAUGAUGCUCCAAAACGUGUUUACAUUUUCCCAUGGUUCUUUACUGAACGUCUUUGCCUUCCUUACCUCAGGCACUUGUGCAUCCUCACACCACCACAGAUGAUAGCUUUGGAGCUGUGCACUGCUGACAAGCCAGGUGGUCCGUCCCUGAUAUAACAGAGGUUGCAGCAUCUAUGAUUUCCAAAAAGAAAGUCAAAUUUUAAAAGAUCACAGAAGAGCUUUCCACCUUGCCACAUUUCAUCUCUUUCAGUUUUUAUAGGGUUCAAAUGACUUGCAAACAAUCAUAAUCUGUUGUAAGACUUUACACACAGUCUCAGAUGUUCUCUGAUUAGGGUUGUAAUUAGUACCCUAAGAUGUCUCCUCAGACUGAAGUUUCUACCACGGAACCUUAAACAAAGGAUGCCUAGGAUAGCUGUAGCAUGCACUUUGCAACCGUGAAGUUUUUUGCAAAGUGUGAAGUGAGGUAGUAGAACAAACAAGAAGUAGGGUCAUUUGCGGCUAGACUUUAACACAGAAGUUUUGCAACCAGUAAGGUAACCCGCCUCUGUCCAUCAGAAAGAGUGCAAGAGAGAGGCACUGCAGCAGAUGCUACAUAAAUCAGCUGGUUGUUUUGGUCCUAGUAAAGAGAGAGGACAUUUGUCCUUUAUUUUCAGACAGGCCACUGUAACCCCUGGACAAAGUUCACCUGCUGAGAUUUUACAAACAUGUCAGUGUUGAUUGUUCUUGACACCAUGUUAUAAACUUAUUUGGCUGUUAUGUUGGCAGGGAUGCAUCUCCUCGAAAUAGUGUACAUUGAGAUGUUUUAAAUAUGCAACAACACUAACACUCCAUGUUACAGACUUGUUUUCAAUGGUUCCUUUCAAACAUGUAAUCCAGUCCAAAUGCCUGUUAUUGAAUUUCUGAUGUUAUACCUCUGUUUUCUGUGAGUUUGCAAUGACUGUCUUAUUCUCUUAGUUUCAAUAAAACAUGUUAAGACUGCUGAUACUGUUCAUGGCACUGAUGCAAGUUUCCUCUCAGAUCUUCUUGAACAUUUUGACUCAGUUUAAUUGCCUAGAAUUGAAAGUGAUGUGUUAAUGCAGUGUUGAUAAAUGUAUACUUUUUAAAGCUGGAUCUGACAUGUGUGUAUGUGUACCUGCACAGAUGCUGAUGGUGAAGGCAAUUGGAACAAUUCACAAGGUGUGUGUGUGUGUGUGUGUUUGUACUAGGAUGGUUAAUAUUGGAGGUCUUUAAAAAAAGUAUUUGAAAGCUUUAUUAUGAAAAUCACUGAUUUAAAAAAUCUCCAUUAUGUCAUUUAUUUAGUAAGUAGAGCCUGCAGACUGUUAUAACACUGAGGAUGCCAGGCCCAUUUGUUGCAUGUGAUUCACAGGCUUGUUCGUUAGCAUGUAGUAACACAAGUUAGGUACUUGUUAGAUUGCUUCAGCAUGGAAAAUGAUUGAAAGUCAACUGUUUGUCUUCGAUUUCAGAUCCUAAUGCCAAUCCUAACAAACGCCAGAGGCAGCCUGCUCUUUUAGGAGAUCACCCACCCGAUUAUGGUAGAUGUCCAAAUAUGUUAGUCUGAUGUUAAAUACAAUGUGAAAACUUCUCAGCAUGGAAAAUAACUCUCUGAUUAUUCCUCUAAUCAAGGUGGUCCUCAGGGGGGUUAUCAUGCCUACAACGAUGACAGCUAUGGUCCUCCACCUCCUCAUCGCAUGGGUCCAGGUAUGGGUGGACGUGGGCGCGGUGGCCAGCGUUAUGGUCCUGGAUAUGGACCACCGCCCCCUGAAUACGGUCCUCAUGCUGACUCACCUGUUCUUAUGGUUUAUGGCCUCGAUCCCUCAAAGAUCAAUGCUGACAAGGUCUUCAACAUCUUCUGCCUCUAUGGAAAUGUGGAGAGAGUGAGUGAACUAAUGCUUACAGUAUGCCUUGCUUCAAAGUAAAAGAAAUUUAGAUGCUUUGCAAAUCAUCGAAAACACAUUUUUAGUUGAAAAUAGAGCAAAGACAAGAAGUAUGAAAAAUAAACCGUAUGCUUGUUUUGAAUUUGAUGCUGGUACCAAGUUUCCAGAAAGUUAGAACAGCAUCAUAUAGAUUAGGUUGUAUCACCUCCUCUUGUAACAGCACCCUGUAGCUUCUCGAGCUCUGAAAUGAAAUGUCGUCCCAUUCUUGCCCGUAAGGUAAUGGUAAAGAAGAAGAUUAGAAUUGGGUGUAGCUCUGGGUGUAAAAUAGUUUAAUUUAUAUUGAAGUCAAAUUGGAUUCAACAACAAAAAAAGAUACAUUCUCAGCGUGGAAAUGUGUUUUGUGCUCUUGUUUAAAUGAGUAAACUCAUUCUUUCCUCAGAUUAAGUUCAUGAAGAGCAAGCCUGGAGCAGCGAUGGUGGAGAUGGGAGACUGUUACUCUGUGGACAGAGCCAUCACUCACCUCAACAACAACUUUCUUUUCGGACAGAAACUCAACGUUUGGUAGGGACAGCUUUCUGAGCCUUGACAGAGGUUUACAUUUCGUAUGGACAAAAGGCAGAAGAUAAAGUUCAACACAAAAACCUAAAUAUCCUCUCCUCUUUCCUUGGCAGUGUGUCAAAGCAGCAGGCUAUCGUGCCAGGACAGUGUUACCAGUUAGAGGACAACACCAGCAGCUUCAAAGAUUUCCAUGGAUCCAGAAACAACCGGUUCACCUCUCCAGAGCAGGCUGCCAAGAACAGGAUCCAGCAUCCCAGUAACGUCCUUCAUUUCUUCAACGCACAACCCGACAUCUCUGCAGAAAUCUUCAACCAGGUGAGAAAAGCUAACAGAGCUUUGUCUGAAGUGGUUGUCCCCUAACCCUCCCUUAAUCCACUUAAGAUGCUCACUGACUCUGCUCCGGUUUUCCAGGUCUGCGAUGAACUGGAAAUCAAGAACCCUGCAAGUGUCAAACUCUUCACUGGAAAGAGUGAGUGUGUUGACUUUCAGCCUGUGAUCAUUUUAAUGAUUUUCAAUCUGAAAAGAUUGGUUUUAAGUUUACAGCUUUAAAUUAUGAAUAUGGUUUGUUUAUUCAUUUUUAAUGGGUUCAUAUUGAUUUUCUUGGCUGGGGUUGCUGCGUCAGGCUCAUAAUGUUGAAAAGGAUGUCUGACAGCAUUAAAAAUUAUAUUUGUUAAGAUAAAACAUUUUUUUGUAUCAGAUGUAGCCCUAGCAUUACUCUCAACAAAACCACCAGACUCCACUGACAGAAAACAUUCUCUUCACCUUAUUAACCAGAGGAGAGUUGCUUGUUUGUUGCUACCCUUUUUUUAGUGCAGCCUUGAAGAAGGGCAUUUUGUGUGUGGUAUUAUGUGUUACACUACUAAUGUGUUGGCUUAAAGAAUUAAAAACCCUUUUGGUAGUUUUGACAUAAACAAAAACAAACUCUUAGGCGGCAGUAGAUCAGCAGCUCACAUGUCCUAAAGGGCUGACAUUACUGUUGUCAGAAGUCUGAUAACAUUAAACAUUUUUGUGGCUGUUUCUAUUUUAAAGAAUGUUUAGUUCAAACAGCAGCUUACUCUCGAACCACAAAGGUUUAUCACAGUAGAGGUCUUUGCACAAUCCAGGCCUCUAUGUAGCAAAAACAAGAACUACUUGAUGACCCCAGACUUUAUAUUUUGUGUACAGUAUCUGGCAGCUGGAGCAAAUUUGCACCUGUUAACAUUUGAACCCCUUGAAAAACAGUGCAGUGGUUUGCAAUGGCACAAUUCAACACUUUUGAAGUAAAUGUUUGAUCAUUUUUGACAUCUUUUGUGUGCCGCCAAAGGUGAACGAAGUUCAUCUGGCCUUCUGGAGUGGGAGUCCAUCAAUGAUGCCAUGGAAGCUCUAGCUAUGAUGAACCAUUACCAGAUGAAAAAUCCCAGUGAGUUCUCAUCUCAUGACUUUUACUUACCAGCCCUGUAGUGUUCAUUUUGAGAUUGUGACUUUUAAGUCACGUUGAGUCAUAAGCUUUGACUUGAUUUUUAAAAGCAUGUUUUCUUUUCUUCUCCAGGUGGGCCUUACCCAUACACACUGAAGUUGUGUUUCUCAACUACACACCAUGCAAACUGA